AAGUAAACAUCGGAGUAACUUCAAGACACAGCAGCAUAAGUUUGAAAAGUAGUUGAUAAUAUCAAACUCCCACAGAAAAUUUAGCAGAAGCUGCAAAAAAUAAAAAGGAAGAUGGAUUUCAUCGUAAAACAAGCAUUGGGAGGUGCAACAAAAGAUCUUAACAAACUUAUGGACGAAAAAAAGGAGGUUGAUCCAAAACAAGCGGAAGCGGAACGCGAACAACUUGAAGCACUAGAAGAGCAAGAAGCGGAAAGGAAAGCUAAGCAUGUGAAAGUGGAACAAGAAAGAGAAAUUGAACGUCAGAGAAUAAGAGAUAAGUAUGGUUUGAAAAGAAAAGAUCAAAUCGAAGCGGAAGAAGCAGCAGCGAGAGAAAGAGAGACGGCGGGAAGAUUAACGAGAAAUAAAUCAAUUCCACAAGAAGGAGAUGCUACCGCAGAACCAGAAGAAGAAACUUUAUUAAAUCAAGCCGAGAAAGCGUUUGGCGAGUUACAAGAAAAAGUUUCAACCGCCACUGAAAGUUGCAGCAUACAGUGAAAAUUAUUUUAUUCGAAAACAAACCUAAACUGGAUAAAUAUUCUAGUACAGACACAUGUGCUCUCGGCGACGAUUCACAAAUUUGUCACAUCUGAAAAUUAUUGAUUGCAUAAUUUUAAUACUGCUUAUAUUUAAAUCAUACGCGACGAACAAAGGCUAUGUAACCCUACUUGGCAUAGAUGAUUCAAAAUUUAUUCAUAUAAUUAUCAAAAACGAUUAAAAGGUAUUGAAGUUGGUGUUGAAUAUAGAUAGUUCACUUUAAACCAGAAUUUGGUCCAAUUAACUUCUACGGCUGUGACAUCUGGCAUCGGUAUAGAGUAACGUUACAUUUCGAUUUUCAAAUAUUUCUGAUUGGCCACUUUUAUCAUUGCCUCGCUAUUUGUAUUGCACAUAAUUUGCCACACUUGAUCCAUAAUAAAAAUGUUAUAUCCUUGAAAUUGAAAAGAUCUUUUCAAUUAGUGGUGAAUCGUUUAUCAUUUAUUGCAAUCAUUUAAUCUAUACUUAAUCGCACUGUUGUCUUUCUGUUUCCUUUGCAUUUAUACAAUGUAUUUUAACAUGCAUAUUUAUUUUUGUAAAUUUAUCUUAAAUGUCGCCAAUUUAUGUUGUAUAUUGAAUUACAUUUUCACAUAUAUACUCACAGUUUCGGUAUUGAGAUUUGAAUUUAUUUAAAAAGUUUGCGUACUCCCAAAAUUCAAAUGCAUUGUCGUUAGCAUAUUUUUUGUCCCUUUUACAUGCAGUAAUUUUCUUGAAAUCAAACUUUUCUCCUAAUGUUGUUUUUUUGAAGAUAUUCUAAUCUCAACAAUCCUUUAACAUUUGUAGACUUGUAGAAAAAUCGGAGAUUUGUCAAUAUUUAUAGAAAACCCGUUGUGGUUCGUUGUCUAGAUGCAAUGGCGUAAAUAGCCUUAGCGAACCUUCCGUCGGAUCACUAAAUAAUUGAGCAUUUUGACUGAUUCUCCGCUUUUGUUCGAUAUGGAAAUGUUACGUAACAAGCAAACCAAUAACAGACUUGACCUUUAAUAGGUUUUCACGUUUCUGUUUCGUGGAAAAUUUAUGAUCAUUAGCUCAUGAUGGAAUGCUCCAAAUAUUCUCAUAGCAAAUACUCCUAUUUUUUCGCUACAUCGGCGUUAAUAUAAUACCAAUACCGUUGUUGGGUACGGGUUAGCGUUUUUCAAAACAAUUAUAUUCUUCCAAUGUUCACAGUUAUUUUCAUUUUGCACUGAAUUUAUCCAUAUUCAAUAAUCAAUCUAGCAACGCCGCUACGUUAAUCUUUCAUUGUACUUUCUUUGUUGUCAUGAUUUCCUGAUUUUACUGUUUAAACAUCUUCAAUGAAUGGCUUUGUAUGAGCCCCUCUACAUCACCAACCAUUCUGUUGCCAUAUGCCUGUCAAAUUGCCACUCAUCUAUUUUCAGUUGUAGCUUCAAGUUCACGUUUAAAAUAGUCUGAAAGAAAUUGAGGCAUAAGCGAUUUUCUUGAUAAAAAUAAUAUAUAGACGAAGCGUUCAAUGCUUCGUAAGUGAAUAUUGUAAACGUAACUGCUGUGGGCUUGUAGAGAGUAACAUUCUUAUUAUGCAUGGUGCUUUUGAUGUCGAAAGAUAUGUAUGCUUUAAAUCCUAGA